CGCACUAGUUCCGCUGAACAUUCACGGGCCGGAAACAUCAUCCAAAAGCCGCGGCAACCCCUGUUCUUCCGGGCUUAACUAGGAACGCGCACGUAUGGAGGAGUAAGGCGGGCCAUAUUGUCAUAAAUGCCUCGGAGGGUUUUUAAUUUUCUGCUGACAUUUGUGGGCUAGUUUGGGUGCAGAGUGCGCCUCAUUCAUCACCGCCCCGGAAGAUGAAAUAGCGCGGCGGCACCCAUUGGCCGACACCGCCCGACCACCUGACCGAUUCCUGGCGUGUCAGGAUCGCGCCGUGAGUUUUCACAUGACUUACCCCAGAGCAGGCCCUCAGGACCUGGGAUAGCAGGGCAGACUGCAUCAGUAUGUAGCUCACACCCACCACCACCAAACACUCUAGCAGAGUACCUCUCACCUACGCACUGCAACGUCACUCUCAGUCAGUGCAACAGGAUCGUUGCACGUUCCCGCGGAUUUCCCGCCAACUCGUUUGAUUGCUAGAUUCGCAGACGACAGUUGACGACGGCUGACGAGAUCGUCCCGCGGCGAGCCGAUAUCGUCUGCCUUCGAGCCAGCGUCUUGCUUGCCGCAGGCCACAUGAAGAAUUUAGACCGUGUGGCAACAACAAAAGAGGGAAGCACGCCGCAAUUUUCACGGACUGUCCGAAAUAUUGAGCAUUGCCGGUGGCGUAUUGGGGAAUGACGUCGGCGGCCAUCUGUUAAAGAUGAUGAGGGCCGCUGUGCGCCAUUGUGCCGCGCAUAGAUAGCAUUUCAUACCCAUAUCUGCUGUCAAAUUACCCCCGCUGCUUUCACGGAUCAAGUGCAUUUGGCGUCGGGACAGGGGAACGGCAGGAUGCUUCUCUACGUGCUGUUGGUGAUUGGGCUCUUCGUCAGCGGCGCCCUUGGACUUGAGGCCAGAGAACAGCUGUACCGAGACCUGUUCCUCAAGUACAACAAGGUGCCGCGUCCGGUCAAGAACGUUACGGACAAGGUCACCAUCAAGUUCGGCAUCGCCAUAUCACAGCUCAUAGAUGUGGAUGAAAAGAACCAAGUUUUGACUACCAGCGUCUGGCUUAGACAGGAAUGGUUUGAUUACAAGUUAAACUGGAAUCCAGAGGAUUAUGGGAAUUUGACGUACAUCCGGGUACCUUCAACGGAGAUAUGGGUCCCGGAUGUUGUCCUCUACAACAAUGCUGAUGGUAAGUUCGAGGUGACGUCAUACACUCGUGCCCAGGUUUUCUAUGACGGCACGGUGCGCUGGGUCCCGCCUGCCAUCUACAAGAGCUACUGUUACAUCGACGUACGCUUCUUCCCGUUUGAUCAACAGAACUGCUCGAUGAAGUUCGGCACGUGGACCUAUGACUACACUCUGGUGGACAUGAUUCCCUGGGGGGACCGGAAGGUGAACAGAGACGACUUCCGGGAGACAGGCGAGUGGGUCAUCAUAGACGCCCCUGUCUACCGUCACGUCGAGAACUACGAGUGCUGCCCGCCCUACGUGGACGUCACAGCCUAUCUAGUCAUACAGCGCCUCCCGCUCUUCUUCACCAUCAACCUUAUCGUCCCCUGCGUUCUGUUUUCCUUCAUUUCCCUCUUUGUCUUUUACCUGCCGUCACGAGGUCAAAAGAUCACGCUAAGCAUCUCGGUCUUGCUCUCCAUCUCUGUGUUCUUAUUGGUCAUCUUUAACACAAUACCGUCCACGUCAUUUGCCAUCCCCUUGAUUGGCAAGUACCUGCUCUUCACGGCGACUCUCGUGACUUUGUCUAUUGUGGCCACUGUGUUUGUGUUAAAUGUGUACCACCGCUCGGGCAGCACUCACCAGAUGCCCCCCUGGGUGCGGAUGAUUUUCCUGCAGAAGCUGCCCACGAUGCUGUGCAUGCGGCGGCCCAGGAGUAAGGGGAAGGACUCGGACAUCAACGGGUCUCAGCUGGAGCUGGAGGAGAACAAGAUUGCCACGGCCAUCAAGUACGUCAAGCUGAGGCGUCUGCGGAUGGCAGGCAGGCGGGCGGAGGAGAAGGAGGAGGAAUACGCCGGGUACAACACCAAGACUGUGGAGGCACCAGAAGAGGCCAGACCGGCGCUUGAGGGGUUGGAGUACGUGGCGAGCUUUCUGAAACGUCAGGAUAAAUGUGAUGCGCUGGAAGAGGACUGGAAGUAUGUGGCGAUGAUCAUAGACCGGAUCUUCCUGUGGAUGUUCGUCUCGGCCUGCCUGGUGGGAACCUGCAGCAUCUUCAUAGAACCUUGGAUGCAGGACGACAUCCACGGAGCUGACAACUGACGUAGAACCCCGUCACAAUUAUGUCGUACGACAAGUUUACAACAACAGAAUGAAAAGCUUCGUUAGUCUGUCGUGGAUUUGUCGUGCAGACUAAUAUCUCUUCCCUAUGAUAUCUAACGUACACGUGUGUAACAUCUGAUCAAUGCACGGACGUUUUCACACAAAAAUAUUAAUCCAUUGAGCCAUAUGCAUAUGGCUAGAAUGCAUGUAUGGAAAAUAACCAUGGCCGAGAAAUACUGCAUGGGCACGUCAUUUUAUCUGUGAAAGCUCUGUGAUAGUGGCUAAG